UAACUGGUCGAAAUGGUAGAAUGCAUCACAAUGGAAAAUUGUUGAAACAUCUGACAUAUCUAGUGCUUUAGAUGCAUUUAUUGAUUUUCUCUCGAAAAUUGGAAGUGGAAUAUGUCUGUAUGGACACAAAUUCACACAAUAUCAAAUCUUUUGAUUGCCAUGUUCUGUUUAAUGCUUUAGAAGCAGUUGGAAAAAUUGAGAAGAUUAAUACUUUUGUUUCUGGUUUUCUUGAUACCAAAUUUUUAUUUUGUUCACACAACCUGGUUUAUCCUCGUAUUCUCAACAAUUUUUUGUUACAUUUUUCCUACAGCAAGAUUUUUCUGCACAUAAUGCCAUGGAGGAUGUCAGCAUUUUACAAAAAACUUUUUUUUUCACAUGAAAUCAAAGAAGAAAGUAAGAAAAAAGCUUUUUUUUCCUUAGCUAAUGCACUUUUUUCCCAUGAAAGUUUAAAAGUUGCAGCAACUAAUUUGCCAUCACUCCAAAGUCUUUUGAAGAUUUGUAAAGGAAAAACUAUUAUCAAAGACAAUGUGUAAAAAAAAUGGCAGCAAAAAAACCAGAACAGCAUCCUAAACAACAACAACAGCAUAUUGAACCACAACAAGCACAACAGCAAUUUGAACAAAGAAAGACAGCAAGGAAAAGACUGUAUGAAGAAGCAUUUAAACAGAGGAAACCAACCACUAAAGCAACAUGCAUCCCUUCCAGGACGCUACCUAACAGAGGUACUUCUUGUGGCAGGCCACAUGGAGGAAGGGGUAAAGGCAUUAGAGGUGGAAGAGGAAAAGGACGAGGUGGUAGAAAGAAGGGCACUUACAUCCAAAGUAGCAGUACUGAGAGUAGUGAAAGUGAGAAUGAUAAGAUCAAUAUAAGCAGUCAUGACAGUGACCAGAGUCCUGUUAUAAACAAAGUUGAUAGACAAAAGGAUAGGGAAGCAAAAGAUCAAGAGAAGGUAGAGAAAGAAAAAGAUCAAGAGAAGGUAGAGCAAGAAAACGAUCAAGAGGAGGAAGAGAAAGAGAAGGUAGAGAAAGAAAAAGAUCAAGAGAAGGAAGAGAAAGAAAAAGACCAAGAGGACGUAGAAAAAGAUGUUACUCAAGAGAAAGAAGAAACACAUUACGAAGAAGUUCUGCAAGAUGACAGCUUUUUGUAUGCUGCUACUCUAACAGAAGAAUUGGGAUAACCCAUUGUCCAGGAUCUUUUGCAGCUGCAGAUGAAUACUGAGGAAGGGAUUUUGGAAUUUGAGGCUACUGACAUUAGCAAAGAUGAUGAAAUCAAAGUGGGUCAAUACGUCGCUGUUGCAUAUGAGAGCGAAUGGUUCGCUGGACUUGUUGUGGAAAAGGUGGAUGACACUUUUAAAAUUAAUUUUAUGAAAAAGAUAUCAACCGGAAAUGACUUCAGAUGGACUGCCAAGGAAGAUACAUCCUGUGUCAGAAAAGAAUUCAUUUUCGAAACCAAUGUUGAAGUAGUCACCAAAGACUCCUAUGGCAGGAUUUGGCACAUUAAAGAGUACAAAGAAAUACAGAACAAAUUUCAAUCUUUCUGCAAAAUUUUUUUUACUAAUUGAUAUCAUUAUGUCCAUACAUUUUACUGACCAAGAGAUUUUAAGGCUUAUGGAAGUACUUAUGUAUAAAGAUUAACUCAUUAUGUAAGGAUUAUUCCUAUCUCAAUAUGUUAUAAAGCAUAUAUUUUUGAAAUAACUUUAAAUUUCGAUAAAGCAAAACAAAAUUUUGAUAUCAAACAUUAAGAAAGUUAGUUGUUUUAUG